GCAGAAAUGUUAUUGUUUAGACCUGCAAAGCUGCAAAGGUUUGAAGUUGUUAUUGUAGAGAAAGAAUCCACAGAACACCUCGGGAAAUCAUUCCUUAAACUUGUACAUGUUUUUUUGAUUUUAGACUGCAUCCUUACAGACACCUGCUGUGCUUCCUUAAAGCAAGAAAAACCGGCAUCACACGCAUUUUGUCAUCUGCAGCGGCUGCAUUAUCAUCGGGACACCAACGCACAAAGGCUUGUUGUGCAGCUAGCUGAGAGCUUUAUUGUUGCGACGGGGCAAAUGCGCAUUAAGCGCUACGGUUUGUGCGGUUAUGUUCAUUAAAACAUUCCUUCGCGGAUUGGGGCGACCGACAGAGCGAGUGAGGGAGAGAGGGCGGGUGGGGGCUUUACAUAAUAAAUUGCAUGGUUUUCACGUGAAAUGCCUCUUUAGAACCUGACCCUGUACUCUGUACAGUCAUACUAAGGCACACCGUUAAACGAGCGCACUAAGCGGAGCGUCAAAUCGUUGCCAGGAUGGUCACAUCGUAUCCUUUACCAGAGGGUUUCUCCGAGUUUGAUGUGUUCUCGUUGGGAUCUUGUCUGCUGGUGGAGGGUCUGCUGGGCUUCUUUCUAAAUGCGGUUACAAUCGUGGCUUUCCUCAAAGUGAGAGAGCUGAGAACCCCCAGCAAUUUCCUGGUGUUCAGUUUAGCCAUGGCUGACAUCGGCAUCUCCAUGAACGCAACCAUCGCAGCUUUCUCCAGCUUUCUGAGGUACUGGCCUUACGGCUCAGAAGGGUGCCAGACUCAUGGCUUUCAGGGCUUCAUGACAGCUCUUGCCAGCCUUCACUUUAUAGCAGCUAUCGCUUGGGACAGAUAUCAUCAAUACUGCACGAGGACAAAGCUGCAGUGGAGCAGUGCCAUCUCUCUGGCUGCAUUUGUCUGGAUGUUCGCCGCCUUCUGGGCAGCCAUGCCCCUCAUCGGCUGGGGAGAGUAUGAUUACGAGCCUCUCAGGACUUGCUGCACACUGGAUUACAGCAAAGGAGACAGGAACUAUGUUUCAUACUUGAUCCCUAUGAGCAUUUUCAACAUGGGCAUUCAGGUGUUUGUUGUACUGUCCUCCUACCAGUCCAUUGCACAGAAAUUCAAAAAGACUGGAAACCCCAGGUUUAACCCCAACACUCCUCUGAAGACUUUACUAUUCUGCUGGGGCCCCUAUGGUGUCCUGGCUUUCUAUGCUGCUGUGGAGAAUGCAACCCUAGUUUCACCAAAGCUGAGGAUGAUCGCUCCUAUCCUGGCUAAGACCUCACCCACCUUUAAUCCUCUUCUGUACGCUUUGGGAAAUGAGAACUACAGAGGAGGCAUUUGGCGCCUUCUAACAGGGGAAAAGAUUGAUGUGCCUCAAACUGAUAAUAAGUGCAAAUAAACGCCUUACUGAUGUAGAUGUUUCUGUCUGUGAGUCUGUACUGUAAAAUGUGUUCCAAGCACUGUGAACCGUUGCUCCCCAUCUCCUCUGCCAUUGUGUUUCUGUAGAGCUGGAAAUAUAUUACAAAAAAUACUGUCAUCAUGCAAUAUGUUAACUUUUCUGCCACCCCAUAUAGAAUACAGCAAUAUUGGAUGUGUUUCAUUUUGUAUCAUGUGAUUUGUCAUUUGUUCAUUUUAGAUUAAUUUAACUUCUUCAAAUAAGAAUGAAUUGCUUUCAUUUUCAGCUCGUCCUAUUUAUUUUUUAUACAAAUUUCAUCCAAAUGUUCAAAAUGUAGUUGUUGCAAGACAAAAAUAAAAACAAAACAUUUAUGCAAAGCAA